ACUCGUGUCAUGGAUGGGUGAGUGGGUGGUUCGUCAUUUGGAAUAAUUCUUCAAACAUUGUAAUAUAGUAGUACUAAUGACUUUUAAUAAUUAUACUAACACCACCACCAUAUUCCUCCCCGGUUGCUACAAUAUUACUCUUCUUCUCGGGUACAAACUACAAAUCACAGAACCAAACUUUAAUUCUAAAAUUUUCACUCCCCUGGUGAGACACCAAAGGAAAAUACUACUGGUACUACAAUUUAAAAAUAUGACAGAAUACAGCAUUCAAGUAAAAUUUAUUCCUUCCAUUUCUAAAUAUAGAUUUCGUUGGAUGGAAAAGAUUUACAAAAUCGAACUAUUUUUGUGAAAACUUUUUUUUUAUUAUAAUAUAAUAUUGCCCCCUUAUAUGAGAAAUAGUUUUGAAUUAUAAUAUUCCGAUGUAAAUAAUAUUGGAAUCAAAGUUAAAUUGAAAAUAAAUCUUUCCAUCAACUCAUAUAUGUUUAUUAUUAAUGUUUCCCUCCCUUAUUUAUACAUUAUUAGCAGCAGCUCAUGUGACAACGUCCCCAUAUCCUUUACUUUUUUUCUCGUCCUUCCUCUCUUCCUCUCCUCUCUUCUCUUUCACUCCAAUGGCAGUUUCUUCCCAGGACCCCACCAAAGAACCUCCGCCUCCGCCGUCCUCCUCCUCCUCCGACGAAAGAUGUCCGGUGGAGGAAGUAGCCCUAGUAGUGCCGGAAACCGACGACCCCAGCCUGCCAGUAAUGACUUUCCGGGCAUGGUUCUUGGGGCUAACAUCCUGCACCAUCCUAAUCUUCUUAAACACUUUCUUUAUUUUCAGAACCCAACCCUUAACCAUAUCCGCCAUCCUCAUGCAAAUCGGGGUCCUCCCCGUCGGCAAAUUCAUGGCGGCCACCCUGCCUACCCGGAAAUUCGGAUUCUAUAAAUGGAGCUUCACCCUCAACCCGGGUCCGUUUAACAUCAAGGAGCACGUGGUUAUCACCGUCAUGGCCAACUGUGGGGUCUCCAUCGGCGGCGGCGAUGCUUACUCCAUUGGCGCCAUUACUGUUAUGAAAGCUUAUUAUAAGCAGAGCCUCAGUUUCCUCUGUGCUCUUCUCAUCGUCUUAACCACCCAGGUUUUUUUUCUUUCUUUCUUUUUCCUCUUUUUCCUUUUUUUUUUUUAAGUGAGCAAAGUAUUUCCGUUCCGAUGAUUAAAGCUUUGGUAAUUGAUUGCGGGAAGAAUUAACAAACCGGCCUUUUUAUUGUUCAAAAAACACACAAAUGAACGAUGCCAAGUUCUGGAAUUCUUUGGCCUGUCUUUUGGUUUUGGUGGAAAAAAAUGAUAUGUUUUAUCUUUUUUCUUACUGGUACGUUAAAAGGUUUCAUUUAUGUUUGGACGGUUAUAUCCCUGGGAGCUUUUAUACGGAAAGGAAAUCAAAGUUUUAUUUUAUUCAAGGAAAUCAGAUUUUACACGUAUGAAGCUACUGAAGUGUGUUUCUUCUUUUAAGAAUUUAUUUAUAUUUUUAAUCUUUCCAACGAAUAAGAGUAAGUAAUGAUUUUAAGAGUUUAUGGAAAAUAUUUGAGAGAAAUGUAAGGCUCUAUUUGUUUGGUUUUUUGGAUGGUUUUUUCAAAUUAUUUUAAUAAUAACUGUCCCAUCUCAACAUACUGUUUUACAUUUUCGAUACACUUUUUUAUAUUUCCAAUACAAAAACACUUAAAAACACACACUUAAAAAAAUGAAACAAACAUACACUAAGUAACGAGACUGAUUGAAAAAGCUGCCCUUUUCCUCUUACAUUUUUUUUGCAAGUUCCAAAUUCACAAUUUAAUAAAAUUUUGGAUGGAAAUGAUCUUCAUGCUGCUGCAGCUAGCCAUAUAAUUUCCUUCAUUAUUUUUUUUUAGAAUAUUCCUUAUCUUUUUUCUUUCGGUUUAACUGCUUGUAAUUGGUUGGCAUGCAGAUAUUGGGUUAUGGAUGGGCUGGCAUGCUGAGGAAAUUCCUGGUUGAUCCUGUUGAAAUGUGGUGGCCUUCAAACCUUGCUCAGGUUUCUUUAUUUAGGGCACUUCAUGAGAAGGACUCGAAGGCGAAAUCAAAAGGAUUGACUAGGAUGCAAUUCUUUCUGGUGUUCAUGGCUGCAAGCUUUGCCUACUAUGCACUUCCCGGUUACCUGUUCCCAAUAUUGACAUUCUUUUCGUGGGUGUGUUGGGCCUGGCCCCGUAGCAUCACGGCGCAACAAAUCGGGUCAGCCUACCAUGGACUCGGUCUUGGCGCUUUCACCCUCGACUGGGCUGGAAUCUCAGCUUACCAUGGCAGCCCUCUGGUUACGCCUUGGUUUUCUAUCUUGAAUGUUAUGAUUGGAUUUGUGAUGUUCAUUUAUAUUAUCAUCCCACUGUGUUACUGGAAGUUUAACACGUUUGACGCCCGGAAGUACCCCAUUUUUUCUAGCCAGUUGUUUACUUCUGCUGGGACAAAAUAUGAUACCACAAGGGUACUGACUCCCAAUUAUGAGCUUGAUGUUUCUGCCUAUGAAAAGUAUAGUAAGCUCUACCUCAGCCCCCUUUUUGCCCUUUCAAUCGGUUCAGGGUUCGCCAGAUUCACCGCGACCCUAAGUCAUGUUGCAUUGUUUCAUGGCAGUGAUAUCUGGAAGCAGAGCAGAUCUGCAGUGAAGAAUGUGAAAUUAGAUGUUCAUGCCAAACUGAUGAAGAGUUACAAACAAGUACCCCAAUGGUGGUUCCUCAUCUUGCUCGUAGGCAGCAUUGCCCUUUCCCUCAUGAUGUCUUUUGUAUGGAAGAAAGAUGUUCAACUACCCUGGUGGGGAAUGAUCUUUGCUUUUGCUUUGGCUUGGAUCGUUACGCUGCCUAUUGGUGUCAUUCAAGCGACUACCAAUCAGCAACCAGGAUAUGACAUCAUAGCCCAGUUCAUAAUAGGAUAUGUGCUUCCAGGAAAACCAAUUGCAAACUUGCUGUUCAAGAUCUAUGGCCGUAUCAGCACAAUUCACGCUCUCUCUUUUUUAGCCGACCUUAAACUCGGACAUUACAUGAAAAUCCCACCCCGGUCAAUGUAUGUCGCUCAGUUGGUAGGAACCCUAGUCUCUGGAGUCGUCAACCUGGCCGUGACAUGGUGGAUGUUAGGAAAUAUCAACAACCUCUGUGACGUUGAGGCGUUGCAUCCCGACAGCCCCUGGACCUGUCCUAAAUUCCGAGUCACCUUUGACGCUUCGGUGAUAUGGGGAUUGAUAGGACCGGAACGUUUAUUCGGACCAGGCGGGUUGUACAGGAACCUAGUGUGGCUAUUCCUAAUUGGAGCCAUCUUGCCGGUACCCGUUUGGGUCUUGAGCAAAAUCUUCCCGGAAAAGAAAUGGAUCCCAUUGAUAAACAUACCAGUUAUAUCGUACGGGUUCGCAGGGAUGCCCCCGGCGACACCUACGAACAUCGCGAGCUGGAUCAUAACAGGGACGAUAUUUAAUUACUUUGUAUUUAAAUACAGGAAAGGAUGGUGGCAGAAGUAUAACUAUGUGUUGUCCGCAGCACUGGACGCGGGGACAGCAUUCAUGGGGGUGCUGCUGUUUUUUGCGUUGCAAAAUGAAGGGAAGAAUUUGAAGUGGUGGGGAACUGAGUUGGAUCAUUGCCCUUUGGCGACAUGCCCUACUGCACCUGGAGUUAGUGUUACAGGUUGCCCCCCAAUUAAAUAGAAAUAGAAGGCCAAGAAAUGGUUUGAAUUUGCCACUACAUAAAGUUUUGGGAUCUUGAAUUUGGGAAUAGAAUUCUAAGCUGGUAUUUUAGGGUAGAAUUUUUGGUGUAUAUUGGAAAAAGGUUUUGUGGUAAAAAGAAAAUUGUGCAGUUUCUGAUUCUGAGGCCGUGGAAAGUCAGAAUUAGAAACUGGACUACAUUGAUGGCUUGUAACUUUUUUGGUCAUGCCCAACUUUCCCCUUCGGGGCAAUUACUACUUAGCAUGCGCGCCACCCCAUCGGAUCACCAUUAAAAUUUUUGGUUUAGGGACACCAAAUAACAUUGAGAAAGAAUAUAAAUAUAUAUAAAUCUAUCCCUCUUAUGAUCGACUUAAUGGUUAGGUUUUUUUGCUUCCCGAUUCUCCACUAAUUUGUCGCCGCUACCUGAAUUGGUCAAAAGGGAAAAUAAUGUCACAAUUUCAC